AAGUUUUGCCACCUGUUCAAUGUUACUUGUCCAAAGCAGUCACACUGGAAUAUAAUUUCUUCAAACAUUUGCCAGAAGGCAAGUAACUACUUGUGUUUAUUGGAAGUCCCAUAUGGUAGCUACAGACAGGAAUGUAAAGGACCAAAAGAAAUGGAACCAGGUUUUAAAUGGGUAUGGCAACCAAAUUUCAACAGAGGUGACUGUGACCAGGAGAGAUAUCAACCAUUUAAAUUCAGCACAGACGGAAAUACUGAUUGCGCAUAUUUAAAAGGUCAAUGCUAUAGCGAAGGGCAAAUAACAGCUAGCAAUGGCAGUAAUAAAGAGGACAGACUGUGCCACUGUGACAGAUCAGGAGGGUAUACACUUGUUAAACCAGCCUUUAAUGCAGGAUAUUGUUUACCGUCAGUUGAAGAUUGUUCAUGUUAUAAAUCACCAGAACGAGAUAUUAACGGUUCGCAGAAUGAACACAUCAUGAAAUCAUAUGGAAAUAAACAGAUAGAUCUUGUUUACCAUGUGGAAGCCUACAAUGACCCUAGUUAUAAUAUGAGGACACAUGAAAAUUACAAAAGAAAGACAUUUGUGUGUAUCUUCAUUUUAUUUUUGGUGAUGCUAAUGGCAUUUUGUGAGUAUUUAUUGCAUAAGCGUGCAGAUUCGAAGCCAAAAAUCUCUCAUAGUAUAAAUUAG